CUACAAGUCCCACCAGCCCCGGGACUACAUCUCCCAGGCUGCCGCGCCCCCCGCCCGCACGGCGCGGCCCGGCCCCUCGGCGCGGAGGGCGGUGGCGGGGCCCGGGAGCGCCCGGCGGCGCCGAGCAGCGGCCAGGCAGACCGGUAUCGUCAUGGCCAUGUUCCCGAGCCCGCGGCGGAGGGCAGCGUGCCAGCAGAUCAGUUAAAGCCCAGGGACGAUGAGGACCAUCGCAUCCAAGAACCAGUUGGGGCCAGGACCCGGAGGAGCCGUCAAGGCGUGGUGCCGUGGCUGAGGCUGGUGCGCCGAGCUGUGCUGGACGCCCGCGCUGCUGCGCUCGGCGGCAGAUGCUCCCUGCCUGGGACACGGAGCCACCGGGGGCCCUCGCCACGGCUGGACCACGCGGAUGGAAAGCUGCAGCCCGGCAGGGAGCCUUGCUGGCUGGCUGACGCCAUCCCGCGCCCUAUGCCCGAGCCCUAUGCCGGAGCGGGCGCCCUCCCCGGCUCAGCCGCCCGCCGACCAUGAAGUGCUCGUUGCGCUUCUGCUUCCUUUCAACCGCCUUCCUGCUCGUCUUCGUCAUGUCCCUCCUCUUCACCUACUCCCACCACAGCAUCGCCUACCUGGACCCCGGCGGGCUGGGUGGCAUCCACCGGGUGAAGCUGGUGCCCGGCUACGCGGGCGUGCAGCGGCUCAGCAAGGCGGGGCUCUAUCCCCGGGGCUGCGCCUGCCGACGCUGCCUGGCCGAGGAUGCUGGGGCUGCCAACUGGUUUGACGGGCGCUACGAUGGCGCUGUCUCCCCGGUGUGGACCAAGGAAAACAUGGACCUGCCACCCGACAUCCAGAGGUGGUGGAUGAUGCUGCAACCCCAGUUCAAGUCCCACAACACCCGCGAGGUCCUGAGCAAGCUCUUCCAGAUCGUGCCGGGCGAGGAUCCCUACCGCUCCCGUGACCCACACCGCUGCCGACGCUGUGCCGUGGUUGGCAACUCGGGCAACCUGCGCGGCUCUGGCUACGGGCCGGAGAUUGAUGGGCAUGACUUCAUCAUGCGGAUGAACCAGGCCCCCACGGUGGGUUUCGAGGGUGACGUGGGCGGUCGGACCACACACCACUUCAUGUACCCUGAGAGUGCCAAGAACCUGCCCGCCAAUGUCAGCUUCGUGCUGGUGCCCUUCAAAACCCUGGACCUGCUCUGGAUCGCCAGUGCCCUCUCUACUGGCCAAAUCAGGUUCACAUAUGCGCCUGUGAAGCCUUUUCUGCGGGUGGACAAAGAAAAGGUGCAGAUCUACAAUCCUGCCUUCUUCAAGUACAUCCACGACCGCUGGACGGAGCACCACGGGCGCUACCCCUCCACUGGCAUGCUGGUGCUCUUCUUUGCCCUCCACGUCUGCGACGAGGUGAACGUCUUUGGGUUCGGCGCCGACAGCCGCGGGAACUGGCACCACUACUGGGAGAACAACCGCUACGCCGGGGAGUUCAGGAAGACAGGGGUGCACGACGCUGACUUCGAGGCGCACAUCAUCGACAUGCUGGCCAAAACCAGCAAGAUCGAGGUUUACCGGGGGAACUGAGAGCUGCGCCUCCUCUGGCUCCCCUGCGCCGGCCGCAUCCCGGCUGCCCACAGGGGCAGAGGGCAAGGGUCUCCCUGGCAGCCUCGGGCGAUGAGCACCGCGUGGGCAGCGUGGUGAUACUUGGUGCCUCCAGCAGCCAAUCAGGUUCAGAGCUAAAGGAGACUUUUUGCUUUUUUUUUUAAUUAUUAUUAUUGUUAUUAUUAUUAUUAUUAUUAUUAUUAUUAAGAAACCCAGCGAGGAAGGAUUUGUAAA